AUGUCCCGCCCAGCUUCCACCCAGAGACCGCCCGUUUCUCCCCUCCCAAGACAGGUCAAUACGCAGACAAAGGUCCUUGACUCAGCCCACGGUCGCAUUCUAUGCAUUGCCGACAUUCGCGGCCGCCUCUCUGCGCUCAAUGACCUUGCACGAGACGCCAACGCAAAGGCAAUCAUCCAUACUGGCGACUUUGGCUUCUUCGAGGCAAACAGUCUAGACAGAAUAAAUGACCGGACGCUGCGACACCUCACCAUGUACUCGCCCCUCAUUCCUUCAGCACAGCGCACACACCUUCUCGCUCCCGAAAACCCCCCAUCAGUGAUUCGUUCUACAGUAAACAUCGAACUCCUGUCCGAAUUCCCCCUUCUCCUUUCAGGUCAGAUCAAGCUCCAAAUCCCAGUCUUCACGGUGUGGGGUGCGUGCGAGGAUGUCCUUGUGCUCGAGAAAUUCAGGUCAGGCGCUUAUUCCAUAGAGAACCUUCACGUCCUCGACGAAGCCACCACUCGUUGUCUCGACCUUGGAGGCGUCAAGCUACGUCUUCUUGGCCUCGGCGGUGCCCUCGUCCCCCACAAGCUCUUUGACAAUGGCGACGGCAACGCCACCAUCGCCGGCGGUCAAGGCACGAUGUGGACCACCAUCCUCCAAAUCGGCGAGCUUGUCGACACAGCUCAAAGGGUCUUUGACCCCUCGGAAACGCGUCUACUCGUCACCCAUGCCAGUCCUGGUCGGGAGGGAAUUAUGGCCCAGCUGGCGCUCGUCCUCAAGGCUGAUUUGACGGUAUCUGCGGGCCUUCAUUUCCGUUACGCCACGUCCUACAACGAGUUCAGCGUCCAAGGUGACUUUGAGGGUUUCCGUCAUAAGCUGGUUCUGGGCAAAGACGGCUUCGACAAGGUCUGGGAGAGCGUAAAAACCCAAGUUGAUGCUGUCAUUGAUGAGCACCAACGCGUCUUCCUCGACAAAGCCCUCAGUGUUGUUGAGCGAUUGCCACCUGUACAACCAUCUUCGGGCCCUGGAGCAGCGGCUACAGGAGAAGAGCCCGCUUGGAAGAAUUGUUGGAACUGGAACUUGUGCGAUGCUGCCUACGGCUCCUUGGUUCUCGAUGUGAAAGAGGGUCGCGUUAGCGCCGAGCUCAAGAGUCAAGGUUUCAACUACGCGUACCGCCGUUCUGCCACUGUGUCAGCGACUCCUAACUCUGCAACCUCUGCCCUCCCCGCCCUCAACAACUCGAACACCGUCUCAAAUACCCAACCACCCACGAAAGGUCCUACACCAGUGCCAGCUGAAAGACCCACUCCCCCGCAUUUGAACAACAAAUCUAAUGCCCCGACGCCCCCACCACAAGCCGCCCCUGUCGCUCGACCACAAUCGACAGGCAACGAGAGCCUCGUACCCAAGGUCAACGGAAAUGGGGUAGCGGACAAGUCGGAGAAGGAGAAGACGAAGAAAGAGAAGAAAAAGGACAAGAAGGACAGGGCUGACGGGAAAAGCACGCCCGAAGUGCCGGCUUCUUCCUCAACGCUCCUUCCUGGCGCUGAACCGUCGUCUUCGACACCGGACUUGGGUGGGAAGGACCUUGACGAGGUGAACAAGUCGCCUGUGACGAGCCAACCAGGCGACGCGGGCAGCACGGGCGCGCGGACACCGAAAACGGGCAAGCCGCCCCGCAACCCUUGGACAAUCUUUAUGAGGAUGGCACCCCACACACAAGUCGUCGAAUCGGAAAUCAGAGAGUUCUUCGGAGAGGCUAAGGAUGGCAUCACAAAGGUGAAUAUGCCUCAUCCCUUCGCGGGCAAGGCGAGACUGGCGUACGUCGAGUUUGGAGACGAAGAGGCGAUGAAGGCAGGCCUCGAGAAGCACGCUGAGACAUUCAAAGACCAGACACCUGACGUCAAACAAGCGACAGACCGUGAAUCCCGCGGCGAGUCGCCGUUUGGAGGUCGCGGUGGGUUCGGGGGUCGUGGUCGCGGUCGUGGAGGUGCCGGUGGAGGUUUCGCGAUGAGGGGUUUGAGUGCAGCUGGGUUGACAAGAGGUCCGGGCCCACGGAACUCUAACGCGAACGGGGACGCUGGGCAGGCUUGA